AUGAAGAUUCUCUUGCUCUGCACCGCACACAACUCCCUCUCCCAGCGCCUCUACCUCGCGCUCUCGAGAACCCACGAUGUCACGAUUGAGUAUGCUCUCUCGGACGAGGUCAUGAUCUCUGCCGUCGCUAUCUACGACCCAGACCUGAUCAUCUGCCCCUUCCUCACGACGCUUGUCCCCAAGGAAAUUUACAACACCUACAUGACUUUGAUCAUCCAUCCUGGACCGCCUGGCGAUGUUGGCCCGAGUGCGUUAGACUGGGUGCUGCUGGGCGACGACGGCUCCGUUGACGACUCGAACGAGUUGCUGAAAAUACUCAACGCCCAGGUCAAGGCCGAGAAUGGACGGACACACUGGGGUAUCACGGUCCUGCAGGCCAUUGAAGAGGUGCGUAUGCGAGCUUCUGCAGUAGAACUUGCAGCACAUUACGCUUGAUCACCUUUGCGACUGAGAGCAAGCAAAGAUUUCAUGCUGACAUUUUGGUAGUUCGAUGCUGGCCCGGUGUGGGCGUUCGAGCAAUUCGAAAUCGAUAUUGAUCUGCCUGGCCUUACAAAGUCAGAGUUGUACAGAGGCCCCAUUACACAAGCUGCCAUCAGCGCGACAUUCGCCGCCAUUACUCGGCUUCAAAGCGCCGCAAUGCCAAAACUGCUCGUCGGCCCUGACACCACCAGUCGUUUGUCUCCGACGUUAAAGGCCGACGAUCGGUAUGGCCAGCUCUCCAUCGCACUCAAUGCUUCCUUCAAGGGUGGAAGACUACAUCACCGACCGCUCCUCAAGGCAGCCCAGCGAGAGUUCGACAUCACGCGCCACACCGCGCAACAGAUCUCCCGACGCAUCCGAUGCGGUGACUCCCAGCCUGGCUCCUUGAGCAAGGUAUUCGGCCCCAGCCUCUACGUCUACGGAGGCCAGAUCGAGGACAACGCCGAGGGCCGUGUACCUACCCUCGCCGGCAGGUUGCCCAUCACGAUCCUGGGCAUCCGCAAUCAAGCCAUCUGUAUAGCCACUGUCGACGGCAAGGGAAUCUGGAUCACCCAUAUCCGUCGUCCAAAGACCAAGAGCGAUGUUGCUCUGUGGCCAAAGGUUCCUGCUACCACUGGGCUGGUCGAUAUGUGGCACAUCACUUCCACGGAUGUGCAGGCUCUGAACUGGCCCGGGCCUCCGGGUUGGCUGCGCUCGGUCAAUCGCACUUUUCAGGAGGUGUUCGUCGAUAUGCAGAUGGACGACAACGAUAACAAGACUGCAUGCCUGUACUUUGACUUCUACAACGGAGCCAUGUCAACCGACCAGUGUUCGCAGCUUAUCGAAGCCAUGGAUUUCGUGCUCGCACAGUCUACCCAAGAAAGUCCGAUCCAGGCAGUCGUUCUGAUGGGAGGUGAGUAGCACAGGUGUGGUCUACACCGAGUAGUGGUUCCACGACGCUAAACUUGCACUAGGCGCUUAUUUCAGCAACGGCAUUGCUCUGAAUGUCAUCGAAGCUGCUGCCGAUCCCGCGAUGGAGUCGUGGCUGAGCAUCAACCGCAUCGACGAUGUCGUCCACUACCUCCUCCACAAAUUUCCCUCGCGCGACAUCGUCACGGUCGCCGCAGUCCGCGGCAAUGCCGCUGCCGGCGGCGUGGCACUCGCCUGUGCUUGUGACAUUGUGGUCGCGGGUUCCAGCGUCGUGCUCAAUCCGGCCUACCGCGGCGUGGGUCUCUACGGCUCCGAGUAUCACACCCUCUCCUACUACGGCCGCUGCGGCGAAGCAGAUGCCAAGAAGAUCCUCCGAAGCAUGACGCCCAUGAGCCCACUGCAGGCCCAAUCCAUCGGCCUGGUGGACUACGUCUUCCCCGGCAACGGCAUCGUUUUGGAAGACUACGUCAAGACACACAUCAGCUACCUGCUCAAGCCGGGGAUCUUGAAGCGUGGCCUGUGGAAGGGCAGCGUCGACCUCUCGCCCGCGGCGCUCGCUCGCGCUCGCGCCAAUGAGCUCGGUGAGAUGUCUCGAGACUUCUGGAGUGCUCGGGCCGUCCGCUACCACAGCCGCCGUUUCGACUUUGUGCGCAAAGUGAAGCCGUCUCAGACUCCACUGCGCUUUGCCGUCCAUCGCCGGGCGCUCGAUGGCGUGCAGCACUACGAUGAAGAGGAGACGGAGGAGUUCGACAGCGUCCGGUACUUUGCCGACUGCGCCCAGGACCAGCUCCUCUCCCACUUGCGCCACAAGGUUGCCCACGAAGUCAGAGAUGCUAUCCACAGCAGCAGUCAACAACCACCUGGCGAAGUCUCGCGACAAGGAUCCGAGACGACGCUCGUCACUCCGAUCACACCGGUCUCGACACUCGACAGGAAGAUGGAGAGCAUCUUUUCCUGCUACUAUAAGUCUGUGGAUGACGUUCCCACCCCGCCUGAGUCGCCAGGGGGCACCAAUCUUUUGGAUACCAUCAGACUGAUAUCCUAG